CGGGCACGUGAUGGCUGAGAGAGUGUGAUGGAGCACAACUCUUUCUUUUUGAACGAUUUCAAAAACGGUUAUAUACGUCAAUCUCUCAUAUCUUGUUGUGUAUAGUUGUGUGACAUCACGGCCAACUCCAAUGUCGGGGCAGAACUCCAAAAGCCAGAAUCAUCAAGAUCACUUACCGAACAUGCCAGCCAUCAAGUACCUCGCCGCCAAAGCCGCCCAGCAAUUGGACAAGGAGCUCAUGUCAACCGGCGGGUUCUCAAUUGACCAACUUAUGGAACUCGCCGGGUUGAGUGUCGCAGCAGCCGUCAUGAAACUACAGCCAAAAGAGAAGGGGAAGAGGAUCUUGGUGGUCGCCGGUCCGGGUAACAAUGGAGGCGAUGGCCUCGUCGCAAGUCGGCAUCUUUGGCAUUUCGGGUACGAACCCACGGUGUUUUACCCUAAGCCCACGAAGGGUGAUUUAUAUGAGAGGCUAUGUGUGCAGUUACAUGAGUUGAAGAUCCCGUUUGUGGACGAUAUGUACCCGGCAAUUGAUAACACGGAUCACAUUGUGGACGCGAUCUUCGGCUUCUCAUUCUCCGGCGAAAUCCGAGAACCCUUCCCAAACAUCAUCUCCGCCCUAAAAUCCACCAAAACCCCCGUCCUCUCCGUUGACGCUCCCUCAUCCUGGACCAUCGACAACGGUCCCCCCACCUCUGGCCCCGGCGAAGGGUUCAUGCCCAACGCACUCAUCUCACUGACCGCGCCGAAACCGUGUGUGGAGUGGUUUCAGGGACGGCACUUUUUGGGUGGAAGAUUCGUACCGCCGGGGAUCGUGGAGAAGUUUGGGUUGGUGCUGCCGGAGUAUCCGGGGGCUGAACAGGUUGGUUGA